UUUGCUUUAUCUUCCGUUAAAACUUUCGUAAUCGUAAUGGUAUUCGUCUCCAAUUGAUCUCAAGAGAGUAUAAUGGCUUCUUUACAGAUUAUCAAAUCGAGCUUAUGUCCUUUGCUAGGUUUCCGAGCAGAUUCCGGCAGGAAAAUCGGUUGGUUUUGCUCGGAUUCUCAACUUUCGUUUACACAGAGGAAGAUUUUGAAACUACAGAAUCGUCGGGUCUCAAAUGUUUUGAUUCAUAGAGCAUAUAGGGUAUGUUGCCGACUCCAGGACGGCGAGAGCGAAAGCAAUAGUGACGAACCUCCAGAAUCAUUGUUCAUGAAAGAACUGAGGAGAAGGGGGAUGACCCCUACUUCACUGCUUGAAGACAGCAAUAGAAGCUCGUAUGGACUAGAUGAGGAGAUAAAAUUGGAGGAAGAUAGCAGAGGUUUCUCAAAGAGAAAUGCGGUCUUACCAGAUUUCGAGAAAAGCCUAUCCAACCAGAGAGAGCGUUCAAUGGCAUUAAACAGUGAAGGUCUUGAGGGUUUGAUUCCAAGAGCUAAACUCCUCCUAACAAUUGGGGGGACAUUCUUCUUGGGAUUUUGGCCACUGAUACUUGUGACAGUCGCAUUCUUUUCUGCUCUUUACCUUUAUUUUGGUCCAAGUUUUGUACAAGAUGCAAGCAAAACACCCACAUCACCGCCGCCAUACAUUGAUCCAUAUGCACUUCUCGAAGAUGAAAGGAUGUUGAAGUCAGCCCCACAUGUAAAUUGAAGAUGAUUCCUCAGUACCUUGAAUUCAAGCACUGUUGUUGUGUUUUGAGUACAGGUUUCCAUGGCCUUCUGGAACCUAUCUUAGAGACUUUGGAAGAUAGAAGGAUAACAAAUUCGGUUCAACAUGGAACUCGCCUUAUGUAGCUGCUGGGGUUCUGAUUGCAGUUUCCUUGUCUGUAAAAUUGGUUGGAAGUUUGCAUCCAUCUUUUAUAUGAUGAAUUGAUGAUUGUUUUAUUACUCUCCCAAGGAAUUCCAGUUUGAAUCAUAAUUCUUCUGGACUUGUGUAUAACCAUACUGUUCACAUGUUUAUAUAGCCAUCCUGUUCAAGUGCUCUUACAUGUA